CCCUUAUGCGAUGACCGUGGCGGUGCGAAAAGACACCCCCCUCCAAAAAAAAAUCAAACUUCUUUCUGCCACAUUUUUUAGCGGAAGUUAUGAACUCGAUAUACGUUUUUCCGUGAGCCGGAAAAGGCUUCUGUUUCAAAACAAAUGUAAACGGCCUUAUUCAGCUCUGCCCUGUCUCUGUUACUGGAUUUAGAGGGGAAAAAAUUUACACCCAAACCUGGGUUAGUUUUUGAGGCCCCUUGAGCCUCGCACAUCUUUCCCGGGGUCCCCUACUUUCAGGUCUCGCUGCUGUAGGGUGACAGGGUGGGGAGAGGUGGGGAAGCCUUUGGUCAGCGAAACAGAGCUUCGCCCCUGGGGCCGAGGACGCUGCAGGAACCGCUUGCUUUCUGUUUGGAGUAUCAGUGAUCAGAGUUAUUCUGAUCUGAAGAAUUUGGUGUUUUAAAUCAUCAAGAUAAUUGCCUAAAUUGUUCAUGGAGUUUUUCAUCAGUAUGUCUGAAACCAUUAAAUAUAAUGAUGAUGAUCAUAAAACUCUGUUUCUGAAAACAUUAAAUGAACAACGUCUGGAAGGAGAAUUUUGUGAUAUUGCUAUUGUGGUAGAAGACGUGAAGUUCAGGGCACAUAGAUGUGUGCUUGCUGCAUGCAGUACCUACUUCAAAAAGCUUUUCAAGAAGCUGGAGGUGGAUAGUUCAUCUGUAAUAGAGAUAGAUUUCCUUCGUUCUGACAUAUUUGAGGAGGUUUUGAACUACAUGUAUACUGCAAAGAUUUCUGUAAAAAAAGAAGACGUAAACUUGAUGAUGUCAUCAGGUCAGAUUCUGGGUAUCCGGUUUUUAGAUAAACUCUGCUCUCAGAAGCGAGAUGUGUCUAGUCCUGAAGAAAACAACACUCAGGCAAAAAACAAGUAUUGCUUGAAAAUAAACCGCCCCAUUGGAGAUUCCACUGACAAUCAGGAUGAUGAAGUAGAAGAAAUUGGAGAUCAGGAUGACAGUCCUUCUGAUGAUACAGUGGAAGGAACUCCCCCAAGUCAGGAGGAUGGUAAGUCACCCACUACCACACUUAGGGUUCAAGAAGCAAUCUUGAAGGAGUUGGGGAGUGAAGAAGUUCGAAAAGUAAAUUGCUAUGGCCAGGAAGUAGAAUCUAUGGAUACCUCAGAAUCAAAAGACUUGGGGUCCCAGACUCCUCAAGGUUUAACAUUCAAUGAUGGCAUCAGUGAAGUGAAAGAUGAACAGACCCCUGGCUGGACAACAGCCACCAGUGACAUGAAAUUUGAGUACUUACUGUACGGUCACCGGGAGCAGAUUGCCUGUCAAGCAUGUGGAAAGACAUUUUCAGAUGAAGCCCGCUUGAGAAAGCAUGAAAAGCUCCAUACAGCAGACAGGCCAUUCGUUUGUGAAAUGUGUACCAAAGGCUUCACCACACAGGCCCACCUGAAGGAACACCUGAAAAUCCACACUGGAUAUAAGCCUUAUAGCUGUGAAGUGUGUGGGAAAUCGUUCAUCCGUGCUCCGGACUUAAAAAAGCAUGAAAGAGUUCAUAGUAAUGAGAGACCUUUUGCGUGUCAUAUGUGUGACAAAGCCUUCAAACACAAGUCCCAUCUGAAAGAUCAUGAAAGAAGACACAGAGGGGAAAAGCCUUUUGUUUGUAGCUCCUGUACAAAGGCGUUUGCCAAGGCAUCCGACCUCAAACGCCAUGAGAACAAUAUGCACAGUGAGAGGAAACAGGUCCCCACUAGUGCCAUCCAGAGUGAGACUGAACAGUUGCAGGCAGCUGCUAUGGCGGCUGAGGCGGAGCAACAGCUUGAGACCAUAGCUUGUAGUUAGGUGCAAUCAGAGAUCAAGGGAAAGCGGAACUCUUUAUAUCCAAGAGGCAGUUACUGCAUAGACUUUGAGAUUAAACUGGUUAAAAAUGAA